AUGAAGCCAGAGGCCCAGGCUUCAAUAUUUCUUUUGGCAAAUGUGUCAUCGACUGAGACAAGCGUUUCCGACAGUGCCCCAGGAAGUCAAACUUGGGAAGACAAGGUCGCAAUGAGAUGGUCUCAAACAACCUAUGCUUUAGGGGCCCAUGCUUUAGCAAUCCGGACUGCACAUGCUCAGGCCUGGGAGGCCCAGGCUUAUAAGGCUCAGGCUCGGCCCGGCAUAUGCCAGGAAACUCCUGUGUUGGAAGUGGAAACCACCUCAGACAUAGAACAGAAACCCCCACAUGAGGAGGAGGUGAAGGUGACAAAGAAAGAAGAGAAUGAGGUCCUCACUAUCCGUCCACAGUGGUCCAGCAAAACUGAGUACGUCCUGGCCCAGGUAGGCUCCUCUUUAAGGCCAUUUUAUCUCUGGCGCUUUACCCACCUCUGGCUUUUCUACAGAGGCUACACUUUCGGCAUUGUCUACAUCCUCGUGCUGUUCCUGGUUGGAGUUCCUCUUCUUUUCUUGGAGAUGGCAGCUGAGAGCACGCGUCAGGGUAGCAUGGGCGUAUGGAAGAUCAUCAGUCCCUGGACUGGUGGUGUGGGGUAUACCAGCUUCAUGGUGUGCUUCAUCACCAGCAUGUAUUUGAAUGUGACAAAUUGCUGGAUCAUCUUCUACAUGAGCCAAUCCUUAGAGUUUCCUGUUCCAUGGGAGCACUGUCCCUUAGUCCAAAACCAGGUCCCCCCAGAUCCUGAAUGUGUACGAACGACACCCUCCAUAUACUUCUGGUACCAGCAGACAUUGAAGGCCUCAGACAAAAUUCAGGCCAGUAGGCCACCAGUCUUCAGUCUGAGCCUGCCCUUCUUUAUUUCCUGGUGUCUCGUUGGUGCUUUUAUGAUCGAUGGGCUCAAGUCGAUUGGGAAGGUAAUAUAUAUCUUGGUACUGCUCCCCUAUUUAAUCAUCAUCUGUGUGAAUUCUGAAACACUUUUAAAGCUGAUAGCCAUUGGAAAACUGCCUCCUGAUGUCCGGCCCCCUGACAACCUGUUUGAUGACCCGAUUGCCAUCUACAACACCUGGCUCAAUGGCCCUCCCCAGCACAUCAAGACCAUGGUCCUCAGCAAGGUGACUGAAUGCAACUUAGAGAGUCAGUUUUUGAAGGUUAGUAAAGCCACCAAGCCCGGCUUCAUGUGCUUUAUUAAAACCAUGUCAUUUCUUCCUGGAUCUGUCUUCUGGGUUAAUGCCUUCUUCCUGCUGUUGUUGUUCCAAGGGAUAAGCACUAUGAUAGGGCUCAUGCAGACCCGGCUCAUGCAAAGUAUUAUUACCCCACUCCAGGACACCUUCUCUUCCCUCAGGAAACAUACAAAGCUGCUCACAGUGGGCCUCUCUGUGCUCAUGUUCCUGUGUGGCCUCUUCUUCACUCGACCUUCAGGCUUCUACUUCAUCAGACUGCUGAAUGAAUACUGGACGGUCUUCCAGUAUUUGAUCUUCCCCAUCAUGAUCAUCAUCAUCCUUGAAAACAUGUCUGUAGCCUGAGCCUAUGGAGCCAAGAGGUUCCUAACAGACCUGACGAUCCUGUUAGACCACCCCAUCUCCCCCAUCUAUGGUUGACUGUGGUGCUGUCUGUGUCCAGUUGUGCUGCUAAUCCUGUUAGUGGCCAUCAUACUUCAUGUUUCUAUGAAGACCAUCACCUACGUGGCCUGGGAUUCAAGCAUUUCAAAAGAGGUGCUUCGACAAUACCCAACAUGGGCUCUGCUAUUGGUGAUCACCCUUUUUCUCGUUGUCACCUUCCCUAUCCCUACAUACUUUGCAUACUGCCUCAUCCAUGGGAUUCCCUUCAGGUCCAUGGGAAGGGACAAGCCUAGGACACCUUCCAAAUUCCUACCCUUAAGUGGCCAGCUAAUGCCUAGUAAAGAGGUCCAAAAAAAGGAAGUUCCACAAGGUGAUAAAACAGAGUGCUGAUCAACCUGUUGUAUGACUUCCCGACUUCUUUCAUUUGGCUUGACAUCACACAUCCUUCAAAACAGAUCCAACAAGCAACUCUCAAUAUCAACCGGCAACUUAAUCCCCGCCCUCCUCGUUUCCAACCCACCCGAAUCCAAACGAUCUACACCCGGCUUGAAGACUUGCGCAGCUGAGUCGGCUUUGGAAGCGGAAGGGGAUUUGUGGGAGGGAGCUUGA